ACACCUCUAGUUUCAUCUUGGCUGAUAAAAGUCACAAUGUAACUAAAUGUGAAAAUCUCCCUUACUACCGUUGAAAAACUGCAAUGCGGUUAUAUGCGGUACAAUAUUGUUUUAAAACACAAAAAUUUUAAGUGUUUGAAAAGUGAAACAUCGAAAAAAGUUGAAAUUGUAUUCGGUUACAGUAAAAGUUUAUUAGUAUAAUGAAUUCUCUUAAAAGACCUGAAUUAGUAGCUAAAGUUCAAGAAUAUUUCGGAGUAAAUACAAAACAUAAUGAAAGAGAUAAACAAUAUAUAAUAGAAAAUAAAUUCUGGUAUUAUUUAUUUAUUUUUGGAACUGCAUUAGGAGAUGAAACAUUUUAUUCCGCAUUCAUACCUUUUUGGUUUUGGAAUAUUGAUGGUGCCGUUGGAAGAAGAGUUGUACUUGUCUGGACAAUUGUUAUGUAUAUAGGUCAGGGUAUCAAAGAUAUAGUCCAAUGGCCAAGACCAGGCCCUCCGGUCGUAAGACUACAAAACAAAUGGGCCAUGGAGUAUGGUAUGCCCUCAACGCAUGCUAUGGUAGGCGUUUCAAUACCAUUUUCAGUAUUGUUAUAUACAAUGGGAAGGUACCACUAUAAUGUUCCUUUAGGUAUUUGCAUUGCAGUUUUAUGGUGUACUCUAAUAAGCAUUAGUCGACUAUAUCUUGGAAUGCAUACAGUUUUGGAUGUCAUAGUGGGUUUAGCAUUAGCAGUAUUGAUAAUGUUCCCGAUGGUUCCACUAGUAGAUCUAUUAGACAAUUAUCUACUUACUAGUCCAACAUCUCCUGUUCUACUUUUAGGAUCGUCUAUUUUAUCAAUUGUCUACUACCCUAAUAGUGGAAAAUGGACACCAACUAGGGGAGACACAACAAUGAUUCUAUCGGUUUGCGUCGGAAUCCAAAUAGGUUCCUGGUUAAACUACCAUACGGGCGUAAUGACGCCUUCGGAGUUGUCAGCGCCUUAUAUCAUCAUGUGGCCUUCAUAUACCAUGUUCGGUUGCUUAGUCCUUAGGACUAUAAUCGGGUUCGCAAGCGUUUUGCUAACGAAAAAAAUAUGUACUAAAUAUACUUACAAUUUAUUGUGUGCUAUUUUGAAAGAGGAUGUCGACAAUCUGAAAAAAUCCGAAAAUACAUUACAGAAUAAGCAUAAAACAUUCGUUGAGCUCAGCUCAAAGUACGUAUUUUGUUUCAUGAUUGGUUUCAAUACGGUUUAUUUGUUUCCGCAAUUAUUUAGAUUUUUGAGAAUUGAACGACCGACGUUUUUUACGGAAAUUUGAUAAUUUUGGAAAUUUUGUGAGUUGAAGUUUAUCUAGUCAAGAAAUAUCUCCGUUUAUUAUCAGGGUUAUAGAUCAUAAUAAAACAAGUUGAUAUGAUAAUACUCAAAGUUGUACUCUGACCAGGGUCGAUAAUUAUUGAAACAAAAAAAAUAAUAGUAUGGUGGAAACGGAUUGAAAAAGGAGGGGAAUAUUAUAAAAAUGAAAGGAAAAAUAAUUAACCGGUGAUUUAAAAUCGGGAUAGGGAAGGGGUAAAAUACAGUUUAUAUCAAUUUCCUGAAAAACUAGGCGUCUUAUGAAAGAAAUGCAAAUAGCAAAGUUGUAGGUAAUAAAAAGAUUUAAAACUUUUGCUUUCAUACUUCACAUAACCUCAAAACUUAUGUGAAAAAAUGAAAAAAAAAACAAUUUUUUGGUUUUUUAAUUUUAUCUUUUACAAAAAAACAUUAUUUUUUCAAGAAAUUUGAUGAAAACUUACCUUUGUAUGUCCGGAAUACACUGUUAAUUCAUCUAUUUUGAAUUAUUUAUUUUUUAACGUUAUUUAUCGAAGAAAUUCUCCAAACUAAAAUUCCACGUCAAAAUAUCAGCUUUUUUAAAAAAGUCGGUAAGAUUUUUGUGUACUUUCUGAUGGUGUGAAAAACCUUUACCAUCGCCUUGGUGAAUUUCCUCGCAAAAGGCAAAAAAAAACGAAAAAAAAUCGCAUCCAAAUUUUUUUUGUACAAUUUCACAUUAUAAUUACACGAAAAACUCAAGUUAUUUUGAUAAUCACAAGUAAUUAGAGUCUAAAACUUUCCGAGUAUACAAAAAUUGUACUUAAUGGUAAAAGGAAAUUUUCGUAAACUAGUUUAAUUUCGUUUUUUUUGUCUUUUCUGAAAAAUUUACUAUAGUGAUGGUGAUCUUUUUCUACACCAAGAGAAAAUAGAGAUUUCAAAGAACAAAAAACUCACCGAUUAUAUAAAAAAAGCUGAUAUUUUGAUGGGAGAAUUUUCGUUUUAAAAUUAGGGUACUUUUCUGAUAUCAAGUCAAAAUAAAGUUGAAAAAUAAAUGAAUUACAGUGUAUAUUGGACAUGAAAAGGUAAGUUCUCAUCAAAUUUUGUGAAAAAAAUAACGUUUUUUGUAAAAUACGAAAAUAAAAAACCAAGAACUCGGUUUUUUGAUUUUUUCACAUCAAUUUUGAGGUUAUGUGCUAAAAGUGUAAAUACAAAAGUUGUACAUCUUUUUAUUACUUACAACUUUGCUACUCGACUUUUUUUCCAAAGACUCGUAGUUUUGCCGGAAAUCCGUUUUUUACCCGUAAAAACUCACCCCCUUCCCCUUUCCGACCUCAGAUCGCCUUAAAAUUAUUUUUUUCACUUUUUAUUAUUUUUAAAGGCUUCUACCCUGGUCUAACUGUAUUUUGAGAUGUAUUGUGAACUUUUUUAAGAUUUUAUGUCGUAUCUUUUUAUUUUUCGACCCCUUAUUAUUAAUAUUACAUCACUUUUUGCCAAAAAAUUACAUAAAUUCUCUUGAAAUAACAUUAUUGUGAUCUCCAAGUACAAUCUGCUUUAAUAAUUAAAAUUUUUGGUUAUACCAAUUUGUUUUUAGUACAAUGAAGCAUUUAUUACAUAUUAUGUAUUAAAAUACCGAUAAAAGUUACAAAAAAAAGGUAUAUCAACAUUUUUACAUCUUUAUAGAAAAAAAAUUCUCUAGGAAAACCCUGAUGGGUUUGAAAACACGACGUCGGAUUUAUAUUUACGCCGCAACAUAAAUUUUACAAUUUACCGCACGUUUCUACCGCCCAUAAUAGGAAAUAAAAUGGAAUAUUUUUACUUUCUUUUUGCGACGCGCUAAUCGCUUGCUUACGUCACCAGCGCCGAUCGAGUUUCGUCCGACAAGCUUGUUUUGUGUUACCAUCCAAUCGCGUCGUGUUAGUUGUAGUUUUUGUUAGGAUUACUCUAUUACUGCACCAAAAUGACGUAUUUUUAAGUAUCUGGGUUUUUGGCGUCGCCAAGUUAACCCCCCUGCCAAGAUCAGUCUUUGGUCAGGCAACCGACGCCAACUAAGUCAGAGAAAAAUUUCUUUUCUUCGCCGUAUUUCGUUAAUAAUUUCUUAAACAAUUCAGUUUUAUAAUGUCAAAUAAUAAUGUAUACGUUACAUAGGGGGACACGAGAAGGGUUUUGUAGGGGCAUGGCACAAAAAAGUUUGGGAAACGACCGGUCGUUCUGCCAAUAGAUCGGCGCUGAUGACGUAGUACCUAUAAUCAGUCGAUUGUUCUUUUUGGAAACUCUGUUUCACAUUUUUGAACUUUUUAAAAAGUUACUGCUUAUAAAAAAUACUUCGAUUAGCACCAUCAAGUCACUCUAGUUGAUUUAUAGUCUUCAAAUAUUUGUAGAAAAAAUUCUAAUUCUAUCUAACAUAUCAAUAAUGAAUUAGAAUAUGUAGUUUCCGAAUUUGUGAUAUAUUUAUAAUGGAAUCGAGAUUAUCCAUAUUGUUGAGUUUCUUCAAUAACUAGUUUUAAGGAUAAACAUGCUCAAGUACGUUUUGAAAAUAUAUCGAUAUGUUACUUAUGAGAUUUUCAUCUGGAUAAAAAUUAACACGUUAAGUAUUUAUAACAAUGUGCAUUUGUAAUUUAAAAAAAAAUAUUCAAAACUAGCUAAAACAUAUGUCGCGUGUUUAAAUUUUUGAAAUUUACAAUAGCACAAUAAAUAGAAGGCCUUUUUAUAUAAUAGGAUUCUGUGUUGCUGUUUUUAUAUUUAGAAAUAAAAAAUAUACAUCAUUACUAUUAGAAA